ACGCCCUAAAAUAAAAAAAAAUUUAGAAAUUAAACAUGAUGUUUUAGGGCUUGUAAAUUGGAUCCAUCUCACUCAGAUAUCACACCUUGAUGCCAUUCGCGUUCACUCUCUCACCUUAUCCAUGAUCAGAUUUUAAUCUUAAACUACGCACACAUUUGUAUGUUUGUUUGUGGAGUAAUACGAUUGAACUUCAUUUGCUUAGCUUGUUGCUUGUAACUGUUCACGAGAAACCAACGACAUGAGCGCUGGAACUAGAACCAAUAAUGAUGAAUCAUGUGUGCUGGUCAAGUGCUGCUUAGCUGUAUUACUCAUGCCUGCUGAACCAUUUCAUUUAAGAUGGCUCAUUCUAUUCUGAGAUCAUUUUUAAAGUUCCCAAGCGGCGGCAUCUGCAGUUUCGCAAAGUCUGCUUGCGCUUACUCCCGGUGGCAUGGCAGUUUUUACUUUAAUAGGAGAGCUAAUAAAAGUAGGAUUUCAGAUGGAGUAACAAGCUUCCAGUUUGUUAAAGAAGCUAGUAUUAGACGGUAUCCCAGUGGAGCUAUAGUGGCAUGCUCUAGAAACUACAAUUCAAAUGUUACUAGUACUUCUGAGGCUGUUGAUGGUGGCGAGUACCUAGCAAUGACAGAUGAGAAGCUAAUGAGUCAGUGCGAGAUGGAUACAUUUAAGGUAUCAGGUCCAGGGGGACAGCACCGCAACAAGCGUGAGUCUGCUGUGCGUCUCAAGCAUAUUCCAACUGGAAUCACAGCUCAGGCAUCAGAGGAUAGAUCCCAACACAAAAAUCGGGCGGCAGCACUUUCUCGUUUGCGUAAACUUUUAGCUCUAAGAGUUAGGAACACUAUCGACCUUGAAACCUACGUACCUCCUCCAGAACUUGUUCAGAUCCUUCCAACGAAGUCCACUAUCAGAUUGGACAAGGGGUCUCAGAUUGGACCGAAUAACCACAAAUUUGCUCUGGGAAUACAAGCUUUGAUUGACCUUAUAUUUGCAGUUGGAGGGUCUGUUUCAGAUGCUGCAAAGAAAUUAGGGUUGAGCACUGGAGCUUUAUCACGGUUGAUAUUAUCUGAUGAUUCUCUUCGACAAGCAGUCAAUGAAUUCAGGGUUGAAAAGGGUAUGAAGCCUCUCAAGUAGGACUCUCACUAGACAGCCAAAUGUUUCAGGUACUGUUUCUCCUUAAAAUCUGGCUCCUCUUAUAUUUUCUUUUGCGUUGGCUUCUAUAUCUUUCUUAUGUGUGGAAAUAAGAGAAAGCAUGAGUUAAUUCUAAUUAAUGCUCACCAGGAAUAGGAGCCAUCCGUCCCAUUAAAUAUGACACAUUUGCUUUUCGGCACGAGAUUUUAUGUAGUAUUGUAUUGUGAGUUAAUGAAGAGAGAAUAAAAAGUACAGAGAGUGUUGUUUCCAAUUUAGGAAAUGUUUCAUUUUUAAUUGGACAUCCCGAAAAGGAAAAUGUCUCAUUUUUAAUGGGAAAGGGAGUAUUUUUUUUUGAGAAACUAUUGCAUAAUAGUUUUAUUAUUGAAUCAAACCAGGAAGCAAUGAUUAGCCAAUGUUGAACCAAUGAGGCUACAACACAGAAUCUUGCAAGAAAGGGUAGAAUGCAAAUAGGACCCGUGUUUCUUUUAGAUGUAAAACUGUAGCCUAGAAACUCAUGUCUUAAAAAAUGUGCACAAUGUUUGGAUUAGUUGGUUGUAUCUGUUUAUUAUACUAUUGCUCUUUAAUAAUUCUCUAAUAAAGUCUUAGAUCUUUUUCU